AUGGCUGCACGGGGACGAGGACGUGGUAGGCGUGGUGCGAACCAUGCAGAGGAACCGACGAGGGGUGCAGAUGCUUUUAUAGCUGCAAUGAACACCAUGGCUGAGGCUGUGCGUGAAACGACAACUGCUACUACGCGAGCAAUUGACCGUUUAGGGGAGAGGAACGGAGAUCGUAACGGAGGACGCAAUGGUGAGCGUGGUGGAGACGGUAAUGAUAAUGAAGGUGUCGGAAACCACGAUAACCCUAUGACACUAGCAACCUUUCUGAAGGUAAAUCCGCCCAAGUUUAAGGGGACACUUGUUGCAACUGAAGCUGACAAUUGGUUCCGUGGUAUUGAGAGGUCAUUGCGAGCGCAACAUGUACCAGAAAGACAGUACGUGGAAUUUGCGACCUAUAUGCUGGAGGGAGAAGCUGAACACUGGUGGCAUGGAGUGCAACGCUUGUUAAGGCAGGUGGUGGAAGAGAUUGACUGGGAUACUUUUAAGGAGGAAUUUUACAAAAAGUACUUCCCUAGAACUGUUCGUGAUGCCAAAGAAAUGGAACUAAUGCAGUUGACGCAGGAGAAUAUGUCAGUAGCAGAGUAUACUCAGAAAUUUGAGGAUUUGUGCCGAUUCUCUAAGAUCUGUCAGGGAAACCCAGAUGAUUUUGAGGAAUGGAAGUGUUUGAAGUACGAAGGAGGACUCUGCGAAGAACUAAUGCACUCCUUGGUACCACUGCAAAUACGAAACUUUGCAGAGCUUGUCAAUAGGAGUCAGUUGGUGGAAGACUGCACCAAGAAGGUGGCGGCAGUAAAGAUGAGUCGUCAAGAAUUACCUCCGAAAAAUUUUAAUCGGUAUAUAGCCCCUCAGGGAAGGAACUUUAAGAUGAAUAGGACACUUCCUUAUGGGAAUCAACAAGUUAGUAAUCUUCCUGCUCGUGACAAUAUUGAUAGGCAAGGACGAGAUACUGGAAAGCGACCACAGCCAGCAUUAACAAACCUUGUUUGUAAUCAGUGUGGGAAGAACCAUGGUGGGAAUCCAUGUCGAUUGGGUUCGAGCGUUUGUUAUUUUUGUGGUAUGCCUGGACACAUAGCGAGGAAUUGUGAGAAGAAGAUUGCUCAAGAUUCAGCUAAAUCUCAGCAGCCGGAAAGAGUAUUUAUAAUGAUGACUGAAGAUGCUCGUACUCGGACUCCCUGA